AUGUCAUCCGAAUGCGUUGUCCGGAUGAUUCAUGGUGGUCUCUUGGCAUUGUCAUUGAAGUCAUGGGUUUGCGAUCUUACCUGGUUGAGGUCAAUGGAAGAAAAUAUCGUCGAAAUCGAAGGCAUUUACGUACAACCACAGAGCUGUUAUACCUUACAAACCGAACUGUCCGAUGUAGAUGAGCCAUUGACUGACGACCAAUCAAUCGCCGUGCCCCCUGAAGUAGAUACAAUGGAAGGCCAGAGAUAUGGGGAAGAUGGUAAUGUACCCCGCUCGGGCGAAGCCAUCGUGCUCCAAAACGUUUUGAAGAUUACGAGUGCAAUUGACCCUAAACCUUUAAAGAAACCAGUUCUAGGUUAUAACCGAAUGGGAUUAGUUAAUCUCAUGGAACAGUUAUCGAACUUGUUUAUGAUAAUAACGUAUAGCUAA